UUCCAGUCAUGACCUGAACACAUGCUUUUCCUCAAUAUGUCCAACAUACAUCUCUUCUGGUGGGAGAUGACAUGAAGGAGAUUCACAUUUGAACGUACAUAGGAAUUAUUCACCACAAGCAUUUAUCUGACUCUAGGUUCCCUAUGACUCUCCCUCACGUUCUGCCGCCAUGGCACAUGCUAUUGAAAUGGAUGACAGUGAGAUGACCAAUGCUGUCUUGCCCGGGACUUCCAGGAGAGAUUCUUCAGUUAGAACUCGGCAAAUAUUCCGGAGGUUGAACAGGCAGGGAAAUGGCCAUCCCAAGGGACUUCGAGCCAUGUCUCCAAUGGGAAGGGUCAUUCUGAUAAACUCUCCCUUAGAAGCCAACAGUGAUGAGAGUGACGCAAUUCUUGCUAUCACGGUAGACAAAAGUCCUGAUGGAAGGCUGGGGUUCAGUGUCAGAGGAGGGUCUGAGCACGGACUGGGGAUAUUUGUCAGUAAAGUGGAAGAAGGAAGCAGUGCUGAUCUGGCCGGGCUGUGUGUCGGAGAUAAGAUUGCCGAGGUGAAUGGUAUCAGUUUAGAGAGUAUAACCAUGGGAAGUGCAGUCAAAGUGCUGACCGGACACAACCGCCUACGUAUGAUGGUGAGACGCAUGGGAAAAGUGCCAGGGAUUAAAUUCUCCAGAGAAAAGACCACAUGGGUUGAUGUGCUGAAUAAGAGGCUGAUAGUAGAAAAGGGCGGUUCAACGCCAUCGGACAGCAGUUCUGAAGAUGGAAUGAGAAGGAUUGUCCAUCUCUACACAUCCUCCGAUGACAGCUGCUGGGGUUUUAACAUUAGAGGGGGGAAAGAAUUUGGACUUGGGAUCUUUGUUUCCAAAGUUGACCCAGGUGGACUAGCGGAAGAAAGGGGUAUAAAAGUCGGUGAUCAAGUUCUUGCAGCCAAUGGAGUCAACUUUGAAGACAUAAGCCAUAGCAAGGCAGUCGAAGUGCUAAAGGGGUUAACUCACAUCAUGCUCACGAUUAAGGAGACGGGAAUGUACCCUGCUUUCAAGGAGAUGAUUGCAGAGUACUGUUGGUUUAACCGAUUAACAAAUGGCCAAUUGCAGCAACUUUCUCAAGCCUCAGAAACCAGCUCUUCCAUUUCUUCCUAUUCUUCUGGAGCUCCUCAUGGUGCCGUUAAUGGAUAUCAUCAAGCACUUAUUUCCAGUCCAGCCUUGUACGAGCCAGGGAUGGUGGAUGUGGGCAUUUCCACCGAGACUUCACUUGAAACUAACUACGUGGGCAGUUUGGAGUCUGCCAUACAGCCAGAUCUCCAUGUGUCUUCAUCAGGGUUCUCUGAAGGACCUCACAAAUUGGGAAAGAUCAUAAGUGAAACCCAAAGAACUGUGCACCCCACUCUCCUUCUUAAAGACACUGCCAUACGAACGGAGAGCUUUCUAGAAUCUCAGAUGAAGAAGAAGCAAAGGAAACCAUUCGGAGAUUUCCCAGGCUCAGAAUCUCCAAAGACAGCAUUACUGUUGGCUCUUAGUAAACCUCGAAAGCCUAUCAAAAGAUCUCAAAGCUAUAUUACUCUUUGGGAAGCCCGGAAGAAGAAGAAGAAAGAGAAGUAUGCCUCCCCGGAAAGCGAUGGUCUGCAGCGAUCAAAAACCUUCAUGAAUUUAUUUUUCAAAGGCAGCCGUGGAAAGCAGAAUGGGGAGAAGAGUAAGGAAACCUCCACUCCAGAUUCCAAGAGAAGAGCCAGAUCACCAUCACAGAGUGACCCAGAGAAAGGUAAACGGCGCACCCAACCCUUCUUCUUUGGAGCACAGAGAGAUCUGAAUGCCAUCUAUAAUGGAGACAUGUCUAUGGAGGAUAGGCUGGCUGUGACUGAAGACAUGGCCCAGAAACUGCUGAACGAGGAUGAGGUAGCUGCGGUCCUGCGCCACUGCAGAAGGUAUAUCCAGGAUGGAGGAAUUGAGGACCUAGUUAGACCAUUGCUUGCAAUUCUGGAUCGUCCAGAAAAGCUUCUUCUUUUACGAGACAUUAGAGGUUUGAUCGCACUCACUGAUCUCGGCCGGUUUGACAGUAUGGUUAUUUCCCUGGAGAUGGAAGCAUAUGAUGCCCUCAAAAGUAGAUCAGUGACAUCUCCAGCACUCAGGCCCCCCAGAUACGACACACUCCCCAAGAAGCAUCUUGUCACUCCAGUUCCUGAUCAUAGAGGAACUUUCCAGCUUAAACUAGUGGAUGGUGUGAACAGUGAGAGAACGCUACAAAAGGAAAUAGAGAGGUUGCAGGUUUCGGAUUCAAAAGAUGUUAAAAAGACACAUUCCAAAAACUUUACCCCACUUGAAGAUGUGCCAGUUGAUUCCUAUGAUGCCCAAAAUCUAACUUUAAAAAAGUCACCCUCUAGGCCUGCAAGGCCAAAUUGGCUCCUUACCGAAUCCACAAAGUUGCCUUCUGAUUUAUCCCAAGGGUCUGGUGAUGGCUCAACGUCACUGCCCGGUGACAACCAGUCUUUGCCUACAAGGAGAAGAAAAGAUCAAAAGGACACCAGCGACAUCUCAAAGGCGUCCAGAACUACUCGCAGCAGAUCUAGGGAAAAGAAGGACGCUGCUUAUUCUGUGCUCAAUAAACCCAAGAAAUCCCGGCCAAUCUUGUCUCAGAUAUUUAGAGGUGUGUCUCUGAGUCCACCAAACCUGGACAUCAAGCUAAAGCCCGUGACGUUGGAGGCAAAUCCCUUAAAUACUGAUCCGGUUUCCCAAAAUGGCUUCAGCAAUGAGAAUGAAGAGGAAUAUGAGCUUGUGACCGUAACAAUCUCUAAAAUGAAGCAAUCUCUGGGAAUCAGCAUUUCUGGUGGCAUUGAAUCCAAAGUCCAGCCUAUGGUUAAAAUAGAGAAGAUCUUCCCAGGAGGCUCAGCUUUUGUCAGCGGUAAACUCGAGGCUGGCUAUGAACUGGUCUCUGUUGACGGAGAAACACUAAAGAAUGUAACGCACCAGCGGGCGGUGGACGUGAUCCGCCAGUCCUACAGCAAUAAGCAAAAAGAGCCAAUGGAACUUGUAGUUAAAAUUCCAAAGAAAAGCGAGAAGCAGUGACAGUGUGCUUCGCCUUCCGAUCUGUCACUUGCGCUAAAAGCUGUAACAGACUAAAGCCUUCAUCUCACUCCCCGAGGCUGAGUGGUCUGUUAUCACUGCAAGUGCCUAAUGCAUCGUCUUCAGUCUUCCUGCUAAACCCAAGUGCUUCCCACAGUGGCCUGUCCUGUCCGUACCAGCACCUGUGCAUGAUCAUUUGUAUAUAGGAAAAGACCUGAAGAUAGAGCACAAUGACUUUUAUUUUUGUUAUUUAUGUAAAUAAUGUAUUUUUUUAGAAUGUGACAAAGUUUUUAUUGCACUAAAA